CCGUCCUUCGUCCUCCAGUACAACUUCGAUCUACCAACGUGUUUAUCCGCUAUUGGUUCUAGAGAUACCAACGAAGACCCAAGUGAAACAUCGUUACGAGAAGCUUGUUCGGACCUGAGGUCAAUAUAAGAGACGGACGGACAUCAAUACUAGUAGAAGAAAGAUAUUCACUGAAGUGGUUUCUGACCUCGCCGUGGAAAGACUUCAAGCACUGUUCCUGCAUUCUCGAAUUGCAGAGACCGACUUGCACAUCACGAUGUCCACGACAAUAACAAGCGAAGAGACCUGGGUGCAUUACCACGAUGGAGGGAUACCUGGGCGUCGACGAGUCUUAACAGGGACCGCCGCCAAACCCACCUUCAGCGAGCUUCCCAAGAUUGAUUUUCGACGCAUAUACUCCGACAACCUUUCAGACCGCCAGGAACUGGCAAAGGAAGUAGGUACCGCAUGUAGAGAUAUUGGGUUCUUCUACGCUGUCAAUCACGGUGUUGACGAGAGCCUGCUGGAUGAUACGUUCGAAGCGUUGAAGAAAUUCUUUGAUCUACCAACAGAAGUCAAGAUGGAGGUGCACAAUCAGAAGACAUCGAAGUUCAGAGGGUAUGAAGCUUUCCUAGAAGGAAAACUGGACCCCAGUACGAGAGGAGAUCUAAAGGAAGGCUUUCUUAUGGGCGAAGACGCUACGGACCCAGAACAAAACCGACCCAUAACACCAUCUACCGCAGAACCCCGGAACCAAUGGCCAACCCAUCCUUCAGCAUUAUUCUGGAGACCAGCAAUCUACCGCUACUAUAAUGCCAUGUACACAUUUAGCAAGCGUCUCCUCCGCAUCUUCGCCCUCGCUCUCGACCUACCCGAAACUGCCUUCGACACUAUUACCACUCACCCCAUGACCAAUGUCCGCGCGGUACACUAUCCACCGCAGAAAUCAGAGUCCGACGUUGGCCUCGGUGCGCAUACAGACUUCUGCUGGUUCACUCUCGUCUGCCAAUCCCAUACCACCCAGCCAGCCCUCGAGGUUCUGAAUGCAAACGGCAUAUGGGUUCCUGUGCACCCCAAACCCCACACUUUCGUUGUCAAUAUCGCGGACUUCUUGAAGUUGGUGACGGGAGGCACUUGGCAGAGCACGGUGCAUAGAGUGAGGAAUAUGGGUGGAGAAGAGAGGUACAGUAUGCCGUUCUUCUUUAGCCCGAAUGAGGAUGCGAAGGUCAGCGUGUUGGAGCAGUUUGGGAAAGCAGGGGAGGUAUAUGAGGAAUUUGGGGUGGGCGAGUAUUUCCAGAAGAGGUUGGACAUUGAUCGGACGACACACCUGGAUGGGGAGGAGGGAAGAAGAAAGGAGAGUGCUAACGCGUCUGGAGACUACGAGAAGCUCAAGGUCCCUGGAUCUUGA